GACCCCCCCUCCUGCCCUGCAGAAUAAGCUCCAGGGAGAACUGAGUGCCGGGGUAUUCAGUGCGCUCCACUCCCCCCGCCAGGGAGGGACCGAUGGUUUACGUCAGCAGGAACAAAGGGUGGGACUUCGGCAGCAGCACAUUAUCCCGUAUGCGGGUGUCUCCCUUUGCUGCGGUGAGGAGUUGGGCUCAAGGCUGUUUCACUUCCAUUCCAGCUGCCUCUGCAAAGGUGGAAGAAGAAGCCCGGACUUCACUGUUUUGCUGUCGGCUGAUUGCUGCUGUUGAGCGCAUGACAGGAAAGCACAGGGGCCUCGGAGAGAAAACUCACAGCCAGCAGUGAGGCCUGCGUGCCACUGAAGCAGACCAGCCAAUAUUCUCUUGGCAGUUCUUCCCAUGGCCAUAUUUGACAGGAUGUGCUGUGUCCAGUGGUGGUGCUGACUCCACUCUGAUGCAUCAGCAAAAUGAACUGGCAUUGUAAAGUGGCCUUAGUGUAUAUGAGAAUCAGACCCAGAGGGCUCCACAGCUGAAAAAUGAAGGUUCAGUGAUGCUUAAACAUGCUGCUAAAGAAUUAUGGGUACCUGCUGUAUGUAAUGGCACGGGCUCAGCAGCCUUAAGUAGACCAACGUGUGAGUAAGAAGCUUCAGACUCCCUCCCAAUAUUUUGAAGUAUAGAAGGAAGAAAUGAAUCUUGCCAAUGAUGGUGCAAUGUCCAGAGCCAUAUUUGACUGGGACUAUGUUCUGUGGGAAGUUCGUUUGACAUUACUAGCAGCUGGUUUUUUCAUCUACCUGGGAGUAUUUCUUCUAGCUCACUGGCUGUCCUCAUGGAUCAGUGCUACUUAUCGUGCUUUGUCAGCAAAGGAGAAGGUCUUCUGGAAUAUGACUAUCACACGUGGCGUGUUUGGAGUUCAGAGUUGCAUAGCUGGGUUGUGGGCCAUGCUCAUAGAUCCAGUUUUUCAAGCUGACAAAGUGUAUUCACAGCAAAAGUGGAGCUGGUUUAAUUGCUUAAUAGCCUCUGGCUUCUUUUUGCUUGAAAAUGUAGGUGUUCAUCUGUCUAAUAUUAUUUUCAAGACGUUUGAUGUAUUCUUGGUAGUUCAUCAUUUACUUGCCCUUGGUGGCUUUCUUGGGCUGAUAACAAACAUAAAAUCUGGACACUAUCUACCCCUGAUUGGACUGCUACUUGAGAUGAGCACUCCUUCAACCUGCUUCUCCUGGGUACUUUUAAAGAUUGGCUGGUCUAAUACCCUUUUUUGGAAGGCAAACCAGUGGGUAAUGAUCCACCUGUUUCACUGUCGCAUGAUCAUUACUUAUCACAUGUGGUGGGUGUGCAUUUCCAAUUGGAAUGAUGUGGUGGAAAAUAUGGGACUUCCAUAUUUUACUGUCUUUUUCAUGGGAUUAUGUUCACUUACAAUAAUACUUAACCCAUACUGGACAUACAAGAAGACCAAGCAGCUCCUCACUCCAGUUGACUGGAACUUUUCAAAUACAGCAAUGAAAAAUGGAUCUUUUGGAAAAUUAAACGGUGAAACAGGCCAAAAGAAGAGGCUAUAAUGCUGCAACAGAUAUUAUGGUAAAAUCUGGCCAGAAGAACAUGGAGCAGGUUUACUCCUGAGUGCAUGAAAAUAGAAUUAUUUACAAGACGUUUAUAAACAUAUUGCUCAGUUGGCCGAUUGUUAUCAGUAUUCUAUACUCAUUUAUCAAAAGUGUUUAAAAUUGUUGCUUCUUCUCUCUCAUAUAUAUAGAAUAUAAAUAACACAGUCAAAAUCUUUGACUCAGUCAGAAUUUAUACCAGCAUUUUUCUCACGUUGGACAGUGCUCUGUCAUUUAGCAAUGAAAAGCAAGCGUCUAUCAUUCAUUUUAGAAUCUCCAGGUGCUUUACAAAUAGCUAAUUAAGCCUCACAGCUCCUCCUUGAAGGAGAUUAGCAUUAAUCCCAUUCAGUAUAUGUGCGAGAUAUUGAUAGUGACUUGUCCAAAGUUAAAUUGUAAAUCAGUGGCAAAACUAGGACUAGAAUGUAGAACACCUGGCUCCUAGACCCAUGCUUUUACCACUAGCCCAUAAAAUUCUAUAAUGAAUUCUCCAUCACUUGAAGUUUUUAAAUCAAAACUAGAUAUCUUUCUGAAAGAUCCGAGAGAAUGAUGUAGGUCAAACAGAAGGUGUGGGCUUGGUGCAGAGCAGAAAUCACUGGGUGAGGUUCCAUGGCCUGUGUUAUACAGGAGGUCAGUCUAGAUGAUCAUAUUGGUCCCCAGGCCUUAAAAAUCUAUGAAAAUGUAAAGUACCAUAAGAGUCCAUAAUGAGCUGUUUGUUAGCACAAUUUCUAGUGUACGAGGGUCCAUUGCACAAAAUCACCCCAACUAUCGGCACUGACUGAUAACCUGGUUGAUUGGCCAGCUGACUAGAGGGAAGCUGAGCUGUUGGCCAGCUGACUAGAGGGAAGUUGAGCUGUCUUUUCACUUGUGCAGGUGAUUCCUCCACAUCAAGGAUGUGGUUGUUGCCUGUUCCGGAACCUCUUCUAUGACCACACAGAGAGCUUUAAUCUUCAGGGACACCUCUCUGUAUGGUAACACUCCUACAACAUACUUUAGAAAUCUUUGUUUUUUUAUUUAGGAUCUUUAUUUUCUUUACAAUCAAAUGACUCAUUGAGGGUGAUAAUACUUCGCUAGCAUCUGUCUAGCAAAACCUUAAAUCUUUCCCUGACAUAAAGAAAAUAUUGUUGGUUUAAAGCUAACUAGUCUGGGACAACUGGUUAAAGUAAUCAUACCCAGUUACAGGCUUGAUUGGACCAGUACUGGUUGAGGUUGUAGACAAGUGACUAAUGGACUCUUCUGUGCAGGAGUGACACCUAAUGGCAGGAGUGAUGCAUUAGUUUUAACAUAUAAAACUGGCAAAACCAAAAAUGUGUGUGGGGCAAAUCCCACAAUUUGACAAGAACUCUGCUUAAUUGUAAAUUUAUUUCCCAGAGUAACUAGCUUCUGUAAGGCACAUGGAAGUAUUUUAGGUCAAGGCUCAUUUUCCUAAUAGUUUUGUAUGUGGACAUGUGGGUAACAUACACUGUUUUCCUAAUUAUAAGGGGAAAGCAUAAAUCAGCACAUUGUAUGUAGUGUAAAUGAAGCAUUUCACUGACACAUGCCAGGUGGAAUGGGGAAAAACUGAAUGCUCAGAAUGCUGUUGGGCCCAAGCAGAAAUGUAUUAGGGAACACAUCAAAGAUCUGUUCCUGAGAUAUAGACCCUUUCACUUCUAGAUCAUAGGUUCAAAUCCAGCCCUAGUGAUGGCAGUAGAGUGAUUAUCUGGAGACUGUCUAAUGAACUAGGUGAAAUAUAUUUUGUGGUCUCAGUCCAGUUCCCAGUGGACAGUACUCCAAACCCCCACCUUUUUGGCAGUCUCAUGAGAAAGGCCAUGAAAAUCAAUUACCCUGUUAUCCAUAGUGGUGGCCUCUCCAGAUCAGAGUAAAGUCUUGUUGCUUGGGCAGCGUGACACACAUUUAUCCUGUCCUGUAGAUAAAGAACUGGAUUCCCCAGGGUAGUCAAUCAAGCACUUUUCAGGAGCAGAAAAGUCACACACAAAAUGUUUGCGAAAAGUGUUGAGGAUGAAUCAGUUCCUCAUAAACAGAAAAGAAAAUCUGUGACCCAAAUACAUAAAGAGGCCAAACCUCACCGCAAGAGGUUCCAGUAUUGGGUGCUCAGCAAGUCUGGUCACUUGAGAGCAAGAUGCCACCUGGAGAAGGCAUGGAGAUGAGAAGUCAAAGAGUUUGGGAAUGUUUUGAAACCAGGGGACUGGAGAAUUUGUAGAGGCCUAAGAACAGAAGAGAAGUAGCCUCAGAAGUGGGUGAAACAGGAAAUUGGGAUAUAUUCAGAGGUGAAAGUAAGCCGGUGCGCCGUACGGGGGCGGCUCAGCUUGCCCAGGGGGCAAUUUAAAGGGCUGGAGCCCCAAGCCCUUUAAAUUGCCACCAGAGCCCCACUGCUAGAGCCCUGAGGUAGGGCUGCGGGGCGCUGGGGGCUAUUUAAAGGGCCCGGGGCUCCAGCUGCCUCUGCCGCCCCAGUUCUUUAAAUAGCCGCUGGAGCCC